GGACAGGUUUCCUUACCCGGUAACGUCGCAGACACACGUCAAUCCAGUGAGUCGUGAAUCCAGUUUGACUCCCAGUGCUGGACGAGGAGGUGAAGCAGCAGCGUGUGAGUCACCUUGUGGACACAUGGACGCUGACAAACCGACAAACACUGCAGAGGAAAAAGAGGGAGACAGAAUGAGUCCCAGUCAACCUGGGCGUCUGACACCUGUGUGAGUGGGCGGGGCCUGCAAAAGUGAGCAGGGACCAAUUGUUUGUUGUGGAGGAAGACGGCAACAGCAAAACUCUGUCCAAAGUCACAGAGUUUGUGGUGAGUUUGUGGUAAUGUCAGUGUGGAAUUAGAACUGUCCCAUUCAAUCCUCAAUCCUCAUAUUUUGGAGCACUUUCUGGCCAUUUUACAUAACUUGGCAUCAUCUCAGACUUUGCCUGAGGCAGGAUUGUGUGGUAGAAGGAGCAGCUCUGCUGUGUUGAUGUUAACACAGUGGAAAAAACACUGCACUUGUGUAACCAGAAGAAGAUAAGAACAUGCUAAAAAGUCAGAAUCCUGACUUUAAUCUCAGAAUUCUCACUUUUUCUUUAAUCUCAGAAUUCUCACCUUUUCUUUAAUCUCAAAAUUCUGAUUUUAAUCUCAUAAUUCUGGCUUUAAUCUGGUUUUAAUCGCAGAAUUUUUACUUGUGGCCCUACAACUCUUCUUUACUGUUCUACCUCUUUUUCUAUUGUCAGUUUGCCCUCAGGCGGGUGCUAUAGGGCUGCUACAGCAACCAAGAAGCCUCUCAUACCAAAUGCCGUCAGAUUCUUAAACACUAUUCACACUUGGGUAUUUUUGAUUUUGGCAUUUCUUAUCUUUUUCCCCCCAUUAAAUUUAAGUUAAGAUCAGGGUUAUAGAUAAACUUAAUGUAAGCUUUAAAUAAAUAAAAUGAGCAUGGUGUUUUACGCAAAACUAAACCCUUCUCAAUAAAUUGAAUUAAAUUGUGAAAUAAAAGCCCAGGAUCGAUGCCCAAAAUAUUAAGAAGACCCAGCUUUAAUGCACAUUUUACAGUACACAUUUUCUGCAGCCACUAAGCAGCAGGAGAUUUCAAAUUUAAACAAAUGUAUUUAUUGAAAAGGAAGAACUGUUAAAGGCACGUGGAAAAAAGCGCAUAAAGUCAGACUUUAAGAAAGUCAAUUCUGAGAUUAAAGUCAGGAUUUCUGAGAUUAAAGCCAUAAUUCUGAGGUUAAAGUCAGAAUUCUGAGAUUACAUUCAGACUGUAAGAAAGUCAGAAUUCUGAUAUUAAAGUCAGGAGUUGAGAUUAAAGCCAGAAUACUGAGAUAUAAAUCAGAAUAACGUCAGAAUUAUGAGGAUAAAGUCAGAAUUCUGAGGUUAAAGUUAGAAUUCUGAGAUUAAAGUCAGAAUAAAGUCAGAAUUCUGAGAAACAAGUCAGAAGUCUGAAAUUAAAGUCAGAAUUCUGAGAUUAAAGUUAGAAUAAAGUCAGAAUUCUGAGAUUUAAGUCAGAAUAAAGUCAGAAUUCUAAGAAAAAGUCUGAAGUCCGAGAAAAAAGUCAGAAGUCUGAGAUUGGCCUGAGGAAAGAAGGGGUUUAAAUUCAUUCUGCAGCCACUAGGUGGUGCUCAUUCUGUUUGUGUAUUAUUGUCCUCAUUGUUUAGCUUCAGUGUCCUGUGGAUGGCCAGCUUGUUUUUCCCUGACACUUUGAUAGAGAGCACAUGGGUGGCAUCUACAUCCAUCCUCUGUUGGAAUUACUUUAAGAAGCAUCGUCUCUCAGACCUUUAUUCAGCUGUAAAAGCCUGAUCAGAGACAGACGGGUGACAGGAGACACCAACCCCCGACACCUUCCUCCAGUUUUCUUCUAAUCAGGACACACUGUGGGUUUAUAAGAGGCGUCAGGAACCAGGUCCAGGCUGCAGACGGGAUCCAGGAGAUUGCACAGCAUGGCUCAGAAGACGGUUCUGGUCGUUUACGCUCACCAGAGCUCGGCCUCGUUCAACUCAGCGGUUCGUGAUGUGACGGUUCAGGAGCUGACGCAGCAGGGUUACAGGGUCAUCGUGUCCGACCUGUACACCAUGAAUUUCAAAGCCAGCGCCACGCAGGACGACAUCAUCGGUGACCUCAAAAACCCAGAACUUUUCAAGUAUGGGGAAGAAACCAUGCACGCCUGGAAGGAAGGUCGCCUCAGUGACGACAUCGUAGCCGAGCAGCGCAAAGUACUGGAGGCGGAGCUCGUCAUCUUCCAGUUUCCCAUGUACUGGUUCAGUGUUCCUGCCAUCAUGAAAGGCUGGAUUGACAGGGUUCUCACACAAGGCUUUGCCUUCUCACUGCAAAACAUGUACGACAAGGGUGUUUUCAAGGACAAAAAAGCCAUGUUGACCUUCUCGACUGCAGCGACACAGAAGAUGUUCCAGCCCGACGGGAUUAACGGAGACAUUAACAUCACACUGUGGCCGUUACAGAACGGCACGCUGCACUUCUGUGGAUUUCAGGUUCUUGCUCCUCAGAUAUUCUGGAGUCCGGCUCACUGCCCCCCCGCGGUGCGCGCAGCAAUGCUACAAGGAUGGCAGUCCAGACUCAAAGGACUGCUGGCAGAAAAGCCGUUGACCUUUGCCCCCAGUGAGCUGUUUGACCUGAGCUUCCAGGGUGGGUUCUCGCUCUGGCCCAAAGUGAAGGAGGAGUGGGAGUCACAGUCGUACGGCAUCACCACAGGCCACCACCUCGGGAAGCUGCUGCCACCUGACAACCAGACCAAAGCUCCGCCUGCAGAUGACAACCAAGACAAAGCCUCAUAAUCUCAAUUUGCAUACAUAUACAUAUAUAUGUAUAUGUGUAUACAUAUAUAUAUAUAUAUAUAUAUAUAUAUAUACAUGUGUAUAUAUGUAUAUAUAUGUGUGUAUAUAUACAUAUAUAUGUAUAUAUGUAUAUGCGUUUAUACAUAUAUACUGUACAUACAGCCAUAUUAAGGCUCAGCAGUAAAAUUUGUAAAAAUUUGCAAUGAAGCUCACAACAUAAUAAAACUUUUAUUCUUUUGCUUCACUAAUGUGAUGAA